AUGGAUGUGGCAACCUUUGGCGCAACAAGUUCUCCAUGUUCAGCGCAAUUCGUCAAAAAUUGCAAUGCAAACGAAUACGCGUCAUUGUACCCAGAAGCAGCUUCAGCAAUUAUCGACAAACAUUAUGUCGAUGAUUAUUUCGACAGCGCAGAUACUAUCGAAGAGGCUGUCGAACGAGCUAACCAGGUGAAAUUUAUCCACUCCAAGGGUGGAUUUGAAAUGAGAAACUGGGUCUCUAAUUCGCCAGAAGUUCUGCGCUGCAUGGGAGAACGAAAUGCCAUUCAAUCUAUCCAUUUUAAUCGUGAUAAGGAGACCGAAUCUGAGCGAGUAUUGGGAAUUAUUUGGAACCCGAUGCAAGACGUUUUUUCCUUUUCUACUAAACACCGAGAAAACCUGGAAGUCUACCUCAAUGGUUCCGUAAGACCAACCAAGCGAAUUGCUCUCAGCGCAGUAAUGGGUUUUUUCGAUCCUUUGGGAUUGCUGGGAAUCUUUACUAUUCAUGGCCGGAUUUUGGUUCAGAACCUUUGGCGAACUGGCUGCGAGUGGGACGAGGAAAUCGACGACCAUUCGUGGACAAAAUGGAAGCAGUGGACGAGUUUAUUGGCCGAUGUUGAGGCAGUUCGAAUUCAUCGAUGUUACAUUGGAGAUUUCGUGUUGUCGGCCGUGGAAUCCAUGGACUUACAUAUUUUCGUGGAUGCUAGCGAAUUUGCUUUCGGAAGCGUUGCUUAUUUCCGAGUAGUAACUCAUGGCGUCGUGCGAUGCAGUUUGGUCAUGUCACGCAGCAAGGUGGCUCCAUUGAAGAAACAAUCAAUUCAUCGCCUUGAGCUGAUGGCUGCGGUAUUGGGGGCACGGAUGCAACAAGCGAUUCUCACGAACCAUACUUAUAAAGUGCAGCGUACAUUUCUCUGGACUGAUUCUAAGACUGUGCUUAGCUGGAUCCGUUCCGAUCAGCACAAUUAUAAACAGUUUGUGGCGUUUAGAGUGGGCGAGAUAUUGGAGUUAACGAAGUUGGCAAACUGGUUUUGGAUUCCAUCGAAAAUUAAUGUUGCUGAUACUUUAACAAAGUGGGGGCAAGGGCCGCCCUUGGAGAGCAACAGCCAGUGGUUCAAAGGUCCGAACUUCCUCUAUGAGACAGAGAACUCUUGGCCAUCGAGAAAUCUACCACCACUCAACACAGAUGAAGAAAGGAAAGCACAUGUGCUGCAUCAUGACGUUGUUGUAACGGAACCCGUGAUCGAUGUACAGCGUAUUUCGAAUUGGAAUCGACUGGUGCGUAUCGUCGCCCAGGUCGAACGUUUUAUCAGUAACCUGAGGCGUAAGAAGGAAGGACUUGCUGUCCACACAGUGAAGGCGACGAAUAAGCAACAGUCGCUGAUUAUCACAUGGGCAAAAAUGAGAGCAAUCAAACAACCUCUUCAGAUGGCCGAAUUCCAGAAAGCAGAAUCUACAUUGUGGAAGAUGGCCCAGAACGAGGGUUUCUACGAUGAGAUGAGAGUACUGAAUAAAAACCUUGAGAAGGCGCCUGAUGCUUCGUUGGAGAAAAUCGCAUGUUCAAGUGUUUUGUACAAGCUAACGCCAAUGCUCGACGAACAAGGUGUUAUGCGCAUGCGUGGGCGAAUGGAGAAGCCAGGGUUCAUUCCAUCUCAACCAUGCCACCACAAUGUGCCACAGCAAAGCGUGGCCGGGUACAGCUAG